AUGUUUGUUGGAUAUAUUUCACCGUUUUGGCAGUUAGAAGUGACAGCUGGCAACGUUGCAGUUGGCAUUGGUGUAGGUUCUGGCACUUUAGGGAUUAUUUGGGGAGGUGCAGUUGUAGGACAUGGAGAGGCCGUCGUAAUUUCUUGCUUUGGUGGAGACGUUGCACAAGGUUCUGCCACUUUAGGAGAUAUUUGGGGAGGUGCAGUUGUAGGACAGGGAGCGGUCGUCGUAAUUUCUUUCUUUGGUGGAGACGUUGCACAAGGUUCUGGCACUUUAGGUUUUAUUUGGGGAGGUGCUGUUGUAGAACAGGGGGCGGUCGUCGUAAUUUCUUGCUUCGGUGGAGACGUUGCACAUGGUUCUGGUACUUUAGGAGUUAUUUGGGGAGGUAAAGUUGUAGGACAAGGAGCAGCCGUCGAGAUUUCUUGCUUUGGUGGAGACGGUGCACAUGGUUCUGGUAUUUUAGGAGUUACUUGGGGAGGUGCAGUUGUAGGACAGGGAGCGGCCGUCGUAAUUUCUUGCUUUGGUGGAGACGUUGCACAAGGUUCUGGCACUUUAGGAGUUAUUUGGGGAGGUAAAGUUGUAGAACAAGGAGCAGCCGUCGAGAUUUCUUGCUUUGGUGGAGACGGUGCACAUGGUUCUGGUUCUUUAGGAGUUAUUUGGGGAGGUGCAGUAGUAGAACAGGGAGCGGCCGUCGUAAUUUUUUGCUUUGGUGGAGAUGUUGCACAUGGUUCUGGUACUUUAGGAGUUAUUUUGAGAGGUGCUGUUGUAGGACAGGGAGCGGCCGUCGUAAAUUCUUGCUUUUGUGGAGAGGUUGCACAAGGUUCUGGCACUUUAGGAGUUAUUUGGGGAGGUAAAGUUGUAGGACAAGGAGCAGCCGUCGAGAUUUCUUGCUUUGGUGGAGACGUUGCACAUGGUUUUGGUACUUUAGGAGUUAUUUGGGGAAGUGCAGUUGUAGGACAGGGAGCGGCCGUCGUAAUUUCUUGCUUUGGUGGAGAAGUUGCACAAGGUUCUGGCACUUUAGGAGUUAUUCGGAGAGAGCGUGCUGUGGCAUCUCAAGAUUGCAAACACCAGUACGGGUUCUUCGCCUCGCCACUAGCGACCCGCUCCGACUGUGGCAAAUAUCGCAUGUGCGUGGAGGGCAAAGCCUUCGAGAUGGAGUGCUCCAUGGGCCUGGCCUUCAACCCUGAGUCGGGCCGUUGCGACUGGCCCGACCUCGUGCCCUCCUGCGACGCUGACGCGUUCCUCGGUUUCAAAUGUCCACCGGCAACUUACGACGAGUUCGGAAAGGCAUACGUGGUGAACUUCGGCAUCGCCGGCAGCUGCCACUAUUUCUUCUCGUGCAUGGAGAACGUGGCGCGUCUAUUGGUGUGUGACCGGGGCUUCGCCUUCGACGACUCCGUCGGCCGCUGUGUCGAUGCCACCCGCGUCCAGUGCCAGGAGGGCAAU